AUGACCAGGAAAGAUGCAGCGCCUCGCGACAGCUCUGCGACAAGGUCUAGCACAGGCAGCUGGAAAAGUACCGAGACCAUCAAAGGACCUGCUGCUACCACUGCAGGCUCGCUGCUCUUCUGUGGCCCGCCGCGACGAGGCCGCCCUCUGACAAUGAGGGCAGACGGCAGAAUCAAGUCGUCAAAUCGACCCCCCCUUCCCCCCCAAUUCCCCCACCUCAUCCAGAUUCCUCUGCGGCGAACAUGCUCAUCUACUGACGGGUACUCGCACCGCGCUCCCAGGCUUCUCACUGAGACCGUGCCCGAGACCGAGGACGAUCCCGAUGCCCAAGUCUCGCCGACGUCUGCUGGCCCACGAAGCGCCCUCUCCCCGUCCUUGCAGUCGUCUCCCAAUGUUUCCCCGAAAGAUCAUAGGAUGAGCGACUUUGCCAACUACCGACGCGAACUUGCAGUCCUCCAAACCGGAAGCGGCUCCAUCCCGAAGAUCCAACAACAGCCCCCGACGGCGCUGGGAGCGAAUCCAGUUGCUCCGUGGAUGUCCAACUCGAACGGUAUCGUGACCUCCCCCACCACCGCCUUCGGCACCAGCUUUUACAAUGACUCCAGCGACAACCUGUCGCAAGGCUCUCAGUUUUCACCCGGCCUCAAGUCGGGGAUGGGUGUGGCGGGGAACGCGAAUCCCAGCGAUUUGAAUACAGACCGUUCAUAUUUUGAAGACGAGAGGCGGCCGUCUGUCGCUAGUGUGGCGACGGCCAGCAGUCAGGGUUCGAAGUCGAGUGUAUCGCGACAGGGCAUACAUAAAAAGCUGCAAACCUUCUUUGGCGAGGACUUUCCAGGCCGAGAUAGCUCUGAUACGAGCCUUCCUUCUCAUGGGAAGGAGGCUCGGUCGCAUUCAUUUGCUCGCAGUCACAGGGAAAGGAAUAUUUCUUCUGCGACAGACAAAACACAGAGAGACGCCUCGCCAGGCCCAUCACGUCCCCGAUCACCGAUCCCCUCCAGUGAUGUGGUUCCAUUCUUAUACCAGGACUCUAAGGACAUUCCGAAGUACGGAGAGGCACCAGUUCGCGAAAAACUCUCAGGACCAGACAAAGGAAGAUAUACAACCGGCGACAGCCCACAGGUCCCGCCGAAAACCUCUCAACGUUCCGGGCACCUGCCCAGCCAUCGACACAACAGAAGCAGCGAGGACACAAGACCGCUACGACCCACAAUCAGUAGGGAAAGUUCGGCGAUGAGCUCGAGGUAUGCAGAUCGGGCGCCGACUUCCAUGGGUACAGCUAUCGGAAACUCCUCAAAUUUAAGUCUCGCGAAAAGACCAGUCAGCCCGACACCGAGUGGAUCGAGCACUUGGAGCGGCAAGACAGCCAUAGGCAAAGGUUCGGCGAAUGACGGAUCGACUUCCCCUACAGGCGGAUCCACGAAAAGGAGAAUCUUGGGACGGUUUCGAAAAGCAAAGGAUAAGGAGGAGCCGCAGUCUCGAUUAAAGGAUUUGUCACGCUCGUCUCGCGCCUUCGCCACACCUCCAUCGAACGGGAGAAGCUACGGGCCUGCCGAGUUCGGACAAUGGGGUCGUGAAGUGAGUUUAGGAGGAUCAUCAGAUACCACUCUCCCGAGGUUUGACAAUGGCCUACCAUCGCCACGGCCUAGUGCGCAACGGCAAGGGACCUUGACUAGGCUGCCUUUUCUAAGGGGGAAGUCUAAAGUGGCAGAUGAAACGGACUAUUCAGCUGAUCAGGUGGAGGGGAGGCGUGAUAAUACUCUUGGAUCUGUUUUCAGCCUGGAUACAAAUCUAUCGAACAUGGAGGGUAUAUUGGCAAAGCCGCCUCAGCUGACGCCUUUGGAUAACAGCAUUUUUGUUGGCAAUGUGGAGGAUGAGGCCAAAGUCGAUGCCGAGAGUGCUGGCGGUCUGGGCUGGAACGCGCCGGACAGUUGGGCGGUGAAAAAGGUCGACGACGAUAACAUGUCGCGAUUAUCUGAAGUUGACGAAGCUGGAAUCCCGCCGAAGGCUGAAGAGAAAGGUUUACCGUUUUGUAUUCGAAUUUUCAGGAUUGAUGGCACAUUCGUUACCCUAUCUACUCCUCUCAAUUCUACGGUUACGGAAGUGAUAAGUCAAGUCGGGAGGAAGACGUAUAUGUCAGACAGCCUGGAAAACUAUCAGAUUGUGAUGAAGAAGCACGAUUUGCAAAGAAUUCUGGGAGCCGGUGAAAGGCCGGUGGUCAUCCAGAAGAGGCUGCUGGAGCAAGCCGGUUACGAGGCCCAUGACAAAAUUGAGGACGUAGGGAGAGAAGACAACAGUUAUCUUUGUCGAUUCUCGUUUGUUCCUGCGAGAGCGACCGGCUAUGCGACAGUGACUAAUGAGCCAGGAGUGCAACGGGUGCAGAAGUAUAGCCAUGUUGACCUGUCUGGCCGCAACCUAGUCACUAUCCCCAUCUCACUCUAUUCGAAAGCUUCUGAGAUCAUAUCCCUCAACCUGUCUCGGAAUCUGUCUCUUGACCUGCCUAAGGACUUUAUUCAGUCGUGUCAAAAUCUACGCGACAUCAAGUUUAUCAACAACGAAGCAUGGAAACUCCCUCCUAGUCUUAGCCGAGCUAGCCGGCUUACCAUACUCGAUGUGUCUAAUAACAGACUGGAGCAACUUGAACAUGCGGAGCUCUCCAGACUUCAGGGCUUGAUCAGCCUGAAACUAGCAAAUAAUCGACUGAGGAGUUUGCCGACCUACUUCGGCGGGUUCAAGUCGUUGAGGACUCUAAACAUGUCUUCCAACUUUCUGGACUCUUUCCCGGAGUUUCUUUGCGAUCUCGAAGGUCUUGUCGAUAUCGAUAUGAGUUUUAACAGCAUCGCAAACCUGCCCGACGAGAUUGGCAAGCUCAGGAAUCUCGAGCGGUUCGUCAUUACCAACAAUCGUCUGAAUGGCUCUCUUCCAGCCUCCUUUGGACAACUUUUGAACAUGAAGGAAGUUGAUGUUCGCUACAACGCACUUUCCAGUAUCGAUGUUAUCGCCAAGCUACCCAGGGUCGAACAGAUAUCUGCAGAUCAUAAUUCCGUCUCUGUUUGCGAGUCCGAGUUUACCAGAAUCCGGGUGCUGCGACUUAACUCGAACCCUGUGACCAAGUUUGAGAUUCUCAAUGCCGUCCCAACACUCACAACUCUCAUUUUGUCGAAUGCCAAAUUAGCCCAUAUUCCGGAUGCUGUCUUCGACAAGAUGCCGAACCUUGUUAAGCUUGUUCUGGACAAGAAUCACUUCGUCUCCCUUCCAAGUCAUAUCGGCAAGCUACGAAAAUUAGAGCACUUCAGCAUCGCUAGAAAUUCAUUGAGCAGUCUUCCGCCAGAGGUGGGUUGCCUCACGGAAAUGCGCUUCCUUGAUGUCCGGGAGAAUAAUCUGAAGAAACUGCCUAUGGAGCUUUGGUGGGCUUGCAAACUGGAGACGCUCAAUAUCUCGUCGAACGUACUGGACAAUUUCCCUAAAGCAGCUUCCCGAGCGCCUCAAGUUCCCGGUGAUUCUCUUGUGGUCUCGCAAGGCCGGAUCACUGGCAGUCCUGGCCAGAAUUCGAAUAAUUCGAGCUUUGAGGAAUUGGGCCCGCUGGAGGCUUUUGAUCAAAGGAGGCCUAGCCAAGCAUCGAGUGGACUCCUCAGUGUUUCACCUUCGCCUGUUCCAGGUGGACCGGAUAGAAAGAGUUCUCUGGUAUCCGUCUAUGGAAAAGGCGGUCGACAAACCUCGGUCGUGUCCAGGAGCGCGUCGCAGGAUACCAUCGGGACGCAGACAUUAGUACGAAAAGACUCGGGUUUUUCAGCGAGAUUGCUUAACACCUUUGCUGGUUCGAUGAAGCACCUCUACCUGGCGGACAAUCAGCUUGACGAUGACGUUUUCGACGAGUUGAUCAUGCUACCUGAGCUACGCAUCUUGAACCUGUCAUACAAUGACCUCAACGACAUGCCGCAGAGGACACUCAAAAGCUGGCCCCAACUAGUGGAGCUUUACUUGUCCGGUAAUGAACUAACCUCGCUUCCGGCCGAUGACUUCGAGGAGUUCAGUCUCCUGCAGGUUCUGCAUAUAAACGGCAAUAAGUUCCAGACUCUCCCAGCCGAACUUGGCAAAGCACACAGACUGGUUGUGCUUGACUGCGGUAGCAACUCUUUGAAGUAUAACGUGUCGAACUGGCCAUACGAUUGGAAUUGGAACUGGAAUACUAACUUGAGGUACCUGAAUCUGUCUGGAAAUAAGCGUCUCGAGAUCAAGCCUUCAUCACUGAAUGGGGCGGGCAGUCGAGAUGUUCGCGACCUCACAGACUUCAGUGCUUUGCAACAGCUGAGGAUUCUUGGUCUGAUGGAUGUAACACUGACAAUUCCCACAACGCCAGAUGAGACUGAAGACCGCAGAGUUCGAACUUCAGGCUCGCUUGCCGGACAGCUGGCGUAUGGGAUGGCGGAUACGUUGGGUCGUAACGAGCAUCUGUCGAUCAUAGAUAUGGUCGUCCCUCGGUUCAAUUCGUCAGAGACCGAGACCCUACUUGGAAUGUUUGAUGGGCAAGCACUGUCUGCCGGUGGCUCGAAGAUUGCCAAGUAUCUCCAUGAAAACUUUAUUCCUAUUUUCACCGAGGAGUUGAAGAAGAUACUCAUGACGUCCAAUGAAACUCCCGCAGAUGCGCUUAGGCGAGCUUUCCUGUCUCUCAACAAAGAUCUGGCUACAGCUGCAACACAGCACACUGAAGAGAGAUCCUUGCUAUCCCACCGAGGGUCAGCUGCACCUGCAGUCCUGAACCAAGCCGAUUUGAAUUCUGGAGGUGUGGCAACAGUGCUGUUCUUACAAAAGUCCGAGCUAUAUGUUGCCAAUGUGGGAGACGCCCAAGCUAUGCUCAUUCAUUCUGAGGGAGGUCACCGCAUUCUGACGAGGAAGCAUGACCCUGCGGAGCCAAAUGAGCGACAACGUAUCCGCGACGCUGGUGGUUGGGUCUCACGACAAGGGAAGCUCAAUGAUAUCUUGGGGGUUUCACGUGCAUUCGGUUAUGUACAGCUCAUGCCUGCUGUGCAAGCUGCACCUCACAUUACGCAGGUCACGGUCAAAGAACAGGAUGAGAUGAUUUUGGUUGCCUCGCGGGAGCUUUGGGAGUAUUUGUCUCCUGAACUUGUUGUUGACAUUGCAAGAUUGGAACGUAACGAUUUGAUGAGGGCGGCGCAGAGGUUAAGGGAUUAUGCCAUUGCCUUUGGAGCUACGAAUAAGCUGAUGGUCAUGAUGAUGGGUGUCAGUGAUCUGAAGAAACGGGCUCAGAUUCGGCCGCACCGAGUACAAAGUCUGCUCUUUCAUCCUAAUACCAUAAUCGAGGAUUCUGGCUACGCACCCGCCAGACGCACCAAGAAGAAGGAGACUGUCGAGGAUUCUGGGCUUCGUCGACUUCAGGCGGAAGUCCAGGCUCCUAUCGGGGAUCUCAGCAUCGUUUUCACUGAUAUCAAAAGCUCAACACAGCUCUGGGAAACGUUCCCAAGCGCAAUGCGAUCCGCAAUCAAACUCCACAACGAGGUCAUGCGUCGCCAGCUACGCAUCAUUGGGGGCUACGAAGUCAAGACAGAAGGUGAUGCAUUCAUGGUCUCUUUCCCAACCGCCACUUCAGCCCUUCUUUGGUGUUUUGCCGUCCAGCAAGCCCUGCUAGAAGUCCAAUGGCCCUCCGAAGUACUUUCUAGUUCCCUAGGCCAAGAAGUCUACGACAACGACCACACUCUGAUCUUCAAAGGUCUAAGCGUGCGAAUGGGCAUCCACUGGGGAGGCCCAGUAUGCGAGCACGACCCCGUCACUCGACGUAUGGACUACUUCGGCCCCAUGGUCAACCGUGCCUCUCGUAUCUCAUCGGUAGCAGAUGGUGGUCAAAUCACCGUCUCUGCGGACUUCAUUUCCGAAAUCCAGCGCUGUCUGGAAACGUACAGCGAGAGCGACCGUUUAGGCUCCACGGGCUCUGAAGACGCCUUUGACAAUGAUGUCUUAUCCUUAUCCAUUCGCCGCGAGCUCCGCUCCCUCUCCAGCCAAGGCUUCGAAGUCAAAGAUCUUGGUGAGCGCAAACUCAAAGGACUGGAAAAUCCCGAAUAUAUCUACCUGAUGUAUCCUCACGCGCUUUCUGGACGCAUCCAUCACCAGCAACGCAUCGCGGAGAUGGAAAAGCUGAUCCAAGUUGAAGACCCGGUGGCAUUGUCCAAGCAGAGCAAGCUUACUAUUGAUACGGAAUGUGUGUGGGCGCUGUGGAAUGUGAGCUUGAGGCUGGAGAUGCUGUGUUCGAGUUUGGAGGCGGAGAAGGGACAUGAUGUUGCGUUGCAGCCACCUGAGACGGCGAUGCUGGAGAAGAUGAAGUACAAGGGCGGGGAGGUUACGGACAGAUUUUUGGUUAAUUUUUUGACGCAUCAGGUUGCUCGGAUCGAGACCUGCAUCUCCACCCUCGCCACCCGCCACCUCGCAAUCGGCAAAGUCCCACUCGGCGAUCUGAAUCAGCUCCGGGCGCCAAUGGAGGACAUCAUGGGUGCGCUGGAAGCGCAGCUGAAGGAGUUGGCACGGUAUAAAGCCCACUUUGGCGAUCUUCCGCCGCAGGGGAGUAGUAGGCGGUCGAAGCGCAUCGCAAGACCCUAG